AUGGAUCCAAACCCUGGCUUGCUUCCUCCUCUGUCCCGGGCUUGCUCCCACCUGGCAGAACCCUGUGUGGAAGGUGAGAGAAGCCCAGCCCCUCGAGAGAAGGGCAGAGACUCCCCCUUUGCCUGGAGCCUAGGCCCAAGCUCCAGCUUUGCCGACCCUGACUGGUUUUGGGAUGAGAACAUCCAAGCAAAGAGGGCCAGGGUGGAGACCAUCGUCCAAGGCAUGUGCCUUACUCCUCACGCUCUGGCUCUGGUGCCAGGCAAUGCCCGAGCCAGGGAUGGUGCAUGUUGCCCAGAGAAGGCCCGGGAGCGGAAGAGGAAGCAGAGCCUUCCCAUGCAGCAAGGCCCCCUGAAGCCAGGCCCAGCUGGAGACCAUGGCAGCAGGAAAGGGGGCCCUCGGGUAAGGGAACAGCUCCAUCAGCUGAAGCAACGGCUAAGACAUUUGCAAAAGCACAUCCUGCAGGCUGCUGAGCCCAGGGACACAGCCCAGGACCCAGGAGGCUCCGAGACAGACAAGGGCCCUCUGAGUGUAAAGCAGAGGAAGGGCUAUGGAUCUAGGCCCUGGGCUAUGGAGAGUGACCACUUCCAGGGUUCCCGUGGGGACCUCUCCGGGGAGGAAAACCACAGAGCUUCUGAGGCGGGCUACCAGUCUGAGGAGUCCAGGUUCCUUCCUUGUGGAGCGCGGGCUUUGCUGGAGAUUCUGAGGAAAGAAUUGACCGGGGCAAUGUCCCAAGCUGUGGACUCAGUAUUACAAAAGGUACUAUUGGAUCCACCAGGCCACCUGACUCAGCUGGGCAGAAGCUUCCAGGGGCUUGUGCCAGAGGGGAGAAGUGAGCCCUCACCUCCUGAGAGAGGUGCCUGUAAAGACCGAUUUCCUUUGGCCACCUUGCCCAGGAGGGCCCAGCCACAGACUGCGGUGCCCUUGCAAACCCUAUCACUGGCCAAGUCUCUGGAUCCUCCUAGGUACCCUGCCUCUCUGAGGAUGAUCCCCAGACCCUGUCAGGGUCCCCCAGCAAACUGUCCUUUGACUGCGCCUUCCCACAUCCAGGAAAAUCAGAUUCUUAGCCAGCUACUGGGCCACGGACCCAGUGGUCACUGGAGCAGCACCCUUCCCCACGACUCCUCUUCCCAAAGUCACCCCUCCUCAGAGUGUGCUCUGCGACCGUGGGGAGCCGUCCAACUGCGACCAUCGGUCCUGAGCCAGCAGCAGCAUGUCUUGCCCUUCCCUCCCCCCCGUUUGGAAAGACUGCCCCUUCUCCCCUCAGUGAAGAUGGAACAGGGUGGCCUGCAGGCCGCCCCCGAUGUGCGGUCCUUUCCUUCAGUCCACAUCCAGGAGGGCCUAAAUCCUGGUCACUUGAAGAAGGCCAAACUGAUGUUUUUCUUCACACGCUACCCCAGCUCCAACCUCCUGAAGGCUUACUUCCCCGAUGUCCAGUUCAACCGCUGCAUAACCUCCCAGAUGAUCAAGUGGUUCAGCAACUUUCGUGAGUUUUAUUACAUCCAAAUGGAGAAAUUUGCCCGGCAAGCAAUUUCAGAUGGUGUCACAAAUCCCAAGAUGCUGGUGGUAUUCCGUGACUCAGAACUUUUCCGAGCUCUCAAUAUGCACUAUAACAAGGGAAAUGAUUUUGAGGUCCCAGACUGCUUCCUGGAAAUUGCCAGCUUGACGUUGCAGGAGUUCUUCAGGGCUGUCUCCGCGGGGAAAGACUCAGAUCCUUCCUGGAAGAAACCCAUUUAUAAAAUUAUUUCGAAACUGGACAGUGACAUCCCAGAGAUAUUCAAAUCUUCCAGCUAUCCCCAGGAGCUGUUUCAGAAUUAAGAUCCCACAAAGUGAGGAGCAACUGGCCAGGGUUUCCUAGGUUUGUCUGAAAUGGCAGUCAGUAUAGCUGUAGUCAUAGAAAAAGGGCAUAAGGAGAAACUACCCCCCCCAUAGGUACUAUUACCACUUCUGAUCAUUUAUUUCCUUCUUCAGAAUCCUCAGAGUCUUAAUCCUAACUAUAAAACAUAUCAACCAAACAUACUGGUGUGUUGGUAGUAUAUUAUAAAAGGGACACAACAGUUUGGAAUCAGAACUUAAAUCUCCACUCCACUGUUUCCAGGUGUUGUGACCCUGGGAACUUGCCAGCAUCUCUGUAUCUAUAAAGCCAGAUUGUGAGGAUUAAAAGAUACUGUCCUAAAGUACUCUGUGAACUGUUACUCACUACACAAAUGUUAGUUUUCUCUCCCCUUGGCUUUCAGAUAAAGUUAUCUCGUGUGUGUGUGUGUGUUAUUUUCUUUUACAAAUUGCUGGUUUUCGUUACCUAUUUAUCGAGCUCCACUUUGCUAGACACUUUCAAAUACAUUACCUUUAACCUUUUCACUCUCAAAAGUAGAUAUUCUCUUCAUUUGAAAAAUAACCAAACCCAAGUUUGAGAACUGUGAGGUAACAUGCCAGAGUAUGAGGCUAAGGCAUUUGGGUCAGCAGGGAUGGUCAGGAACAUGGAGGAACCUAAGCCCUUCUGAUGCCAGACUACAUGUGGGACCACCUCAUGCUGCUUUUCGUGAUCUCAAACAGGCCACCGUCCCCAGGAAGCAUCCAGCCCUGAUGGGGCACUGUCAUCUGACACCUCCUGCCAGUACUCAGGAAUGCUUCAUCCCCCAGGAUUUCCACUGAUCAUGCCAGCAUGCCCAAAGCAAACUUUCUGCCAGACUUGAGUGUUGCUGGUCAUUCAUUCAUCUGCUGGGAUUUUAUCAGCGGGACAACCCAACUAGGCUCUAGAAGACCAGUGCAAUUGAUGCCCCAACCUCUUAUGUGCAGAAGAAACUGAACUUCAGAGACUUGGAAGCUGGAAGGGGCCUCAGGGAAUUAUCUGGCCCACCGUGCUGAAGUUAGGAAGGAGGGAACUGAGGUCCAGACACUACACUUGCACAGCCUGUGCAGAGUCUCACAGAUGAUGAAUGGAGUAACUGGGAGGAACGCAGCAUCACACACAGAGAAACUGUCCCAGUCCAUAAGAAGACCAUAGGCCAUGGUCAAUCUUUCAGAUUAAGGAAUUCAUGAAAUCAACAUUUUUUCCCCCUACUGGCCCAACACAAAUUGUGACUUACUCUGAGCGUAUAGGCAAGACCUGUGCCAAGCUGAGUAACUGCAUCUGUCUUCUACACUGGUCAGGGCCACGUCUUGUAAGCACUGCAAAGGUGUGCAGGCUGGGGUAGGGGGCCACACAGAGCUCAGGGCCUGUCAUUCUGAUUUAAGGGAUGUCUGUGACUUCAUUAGCUUACUUCUUCCCCAUCUACAUAAAACAAGUUUCUAUAUUCAACUACCCCCACUUCCUUGACUUUUUGGGUGGGCUGGAUCAGAGGCAAUAAAAAUCCCUAAAUUAUUGCUAGAUGUAUCAAUAUAAAAAGGUAUGAAAAAUGACUUUCUUUUGAAUUUUCUCCUACUUCAAACAGCUGAGAAGAAAACCAAAACAGAUGGAUUCAGCCCAAACCAAUCUUUUCAGGUUGCUUUAAGGUUAUUUGUAAACAUCCUUCAAUACAUCCGGUUGCACUCAGAUGAUCUUUGCCAUAUUUUCUCCCACAAUGUUCCCUUCAAAAAUGAAGCAAUCUCCAAACCUAAGUUUAGAAGUAGGCGAGCACUGAGUAUCCUGAGCAAGGGCAGUUGUCUAUGGUUGGAGAUGGCAGAAGAACCCACUAUCCAGCAUGGUAUUACAUAGCUCUUGAAGAUAUUCCUGGGAAACAAUUCCAAGUUCACAUGAUUGUCUGAUACAGAGCAGCCAUUUUCUGUCCCAAACCUGAAAUUCAUUAGCGUGUGUUUGAAAGAUUAAGCUAAGCCACCUCCAGGGCAGUGAACCUUGUCCCAGGGACCAAUUAGAUGAAAUGUACAAGCUCAAAUUGAAAACAUUUGUGUACUACAGUCCUUCCAGGAAGUGUUCUCUAACCACUGACCUAAACACAGAAGAAUGUAUAAAAAUACAUGCUCUGCCAACACAAGAAUUAUAAUUUUUUAUAUUUUUGUUUCUACCAAGUAUUUCUCUGUUGGGAACACAUUCUGAGCUGGUUGUUAAGUUUAGUUGUCAUAACAUUACCAAAGAUCUGGCCUUUCUUUCCAUUAAGGUAUAUGUGGGCACUAUUUUCUCCCAAAUUAGACAUUUUCAAAGUCUGGUCAAACACUGCAUAAUUGUCUAAUCCUUCGAUGGUAGACAGAAGGACCUGGACUGUGGUUUAUAAUGAUGGCACUAUUAGGGAGUAAAUGACCAAUUAGUGACUAAAAGCAGGUAGUUAGUUGGUUAUUGCAUGCAGGAAAAAGGUCACUAGGAACCCUAUUGCAAACAUGGCUUCAUAUAGUAUACACAGCUCCAAACCAGAUUUGCACAGUGAGGACAAAGGCACUUCCUGGGCAUAUGCACGGUGCCUGAACUGUUUCCUUUCCAUCCAAGGAAGGGCAAAGCAUACAGGGCUGAGGGAACAAAGCCCUCUUUAAUA